CUCUGGCUGCGCUUUGCUAACCUAACAGGAAGGUGUUAACUACUUUUCUUCCACAAAGCGCCUCCCGUUAUCUCCGCUGCCGCUGCGCAGGAGCCAGAGGGGACAGUGCUGCUCACAUUCACACUCCGCAGAAAAAAACUUUUCCGUUUGUUGUGAGGAUAAAAAAAAUAAAAGAAGCCGGAAGCCGAGGAGUUGUCUGGAGAAGAAGCGGAUUCUGCCGCGGCGAGUUUGGCAACCCAAAGAAGAUGCGGAACCAGCUUUGACAACCAACGGAUGUCCACUCCCUGCGGACAACUCCACAACAAAUCUGGCUAAUUCUCUGAGAGGAGGCUGUGACUGACCUUUUUCUUCUGUACCUUGAUUGAAUUAACUAUCAGGACUAAAGUGGGGAACACAGUGAGCCCUUACCCAACGACACCAAACUGGCAAGAUAUGACCUGGAGUGAAAUACCCCAAGAGACCAGCUGACCUGACAUUGGCUCUCCUUUCAAAAAGCCAAGUGCUUCGAGUCUCUAAUCCAGAUUCCUUCAGACCCUUUAAAGGGCCUUAGGUACUGUCUGAAGUCUAAUUGAGGAGGAAUCAUUGCCACCUCUGUUCAAACUUGCUGGGACCCUUUCCUCUCGUCCAAACAUGGACCUUCACAGGGCUGCCUUCAAGAUGGAAAGCUCCUCCUAUCUGCCCAAUCCCCUGGCCUCCCCGGCCCUCAUGGUCCUGGCCUCCACAGCUGAAGCAUCUCGAGAUGCCUCGAUUCCUUGCCAGCAGCCACGUCCAUUUGGCGUCCCCGUCUCUGUUGAGAAAGAUGUCCAUUUGCCAUUCAACAAUGGUUCUUACACUUUCGCAUCAAUGUACCACCGCCAAGGCGCGGUACCGCCAGGAUUCCCCAACAGGGAUUUUCCUCCAUCCCUCCUACACCUCCAUCAUCAGUUUGCGCCGCCUAACCUGGACUGCUCGCCAAUCAGCAUGCUGAAUCAUAGCGGCGUUGGCGCCUUCAGGCCUUUUGCUUCACCUCCAGAGGAUCGGGACGGGGCACCAGGUGGGUACCAGUCUGCUUUUACCCCAGCCAAGCGCCUCAAAGGCUGCCUGGACGCCGAGGCUUCACCCCACCUGAGGUACUCUGACGCAGAGGGGAAAGAGUAUGACUUUGGUGGCGCCCAGAUCCCCCCAGGAGGCUCGCCAAGCAGCGCCUUGAAAGCAGUGGAGGACAGCGGGAAAAAGAUCUUUGCUGUGUCCGGCCUCCUGUCUGAUCGAGAGACUUCAUCCAGCCCUGAGGACCGCAUCGAGCGCUGUAAAAAGAAGAUGUCCCUGUACGACAGCCAGGCUCCAAUCUGUCCCAUCUGCCAGGUGCUGCUCAGGCCCGGAGAGCUUCAGGAACACAUGGAGACGGAGAUUGAGCGGCUAGCUAGCAUAUGUCUCAGCAGUAAGAACCCCUCACCCAAGGAUGGAGCUGCCACUCCAGGAACCCCCAAGUCGAUGCUGUUGUCGGUGCACAUCAAGCGUGAGGGAGAGUCUCCUGUGGUCUCACCGCUGUCGUCUGAAGACAUCCACCACUCUGACAGAUACCAGACAUUUUUACGAGUUCGAGCUAACAGGCAAACAAGGUUGAAUGCCCGUAUAGGGAAGAUGAAGAGGAGGAAGCCUGAGGAGGGGGGCCAGGUAUGUCCGCUGUGCAGUGCCCCAUUGGCUGGGAGCGAGGAGGAGAUGAGUAGACAUGUGGAACAAUGCCUGAUCCAGCGUGAGGGUGCGUUAGGCGAUGAUGACUCUGCAGACAUGGACGGAGAGAAUGGACGGGGAUUUGAGGAGUACGAGUGGGCGGGGCAGAAGAGGAUCAGAGCUACAGCUCUUCUGGAAGGAGGCUUCAGAGGAACAGGCUUUGCCACGUGUAGCAUUAAGGAGAGCGCAGCAGACAGCGACGCUGACCUCGAUGUGGACGGCGACGACACCUUGGAGUACGGAAAGGCACAGUACACAGAAGCUGACAUCAUCCCAUGCUCCGGAGCUGGAGAGGACCAAGGAGAAGCUCGGGAGAGGGAGGCACUACGGGGAGCUGUGCUCAACGGGGGGAUGCCCUCUAACAGAAUAACGCCUGAAUUCUCCAAAUGGGCCAGUGACGAGAUGCCUUCAACGAGCAACGGAGAAAGCAGCAAGACGGACCCCAGCACUCCUUCAUCCUCCUCCUCCUCUUCCUCCUGCGUCCCACGCACCUGUAAAAACAGCGAGAUUGAAAAGGUAACAGAGGAAGAGUCCACGGCCACUACCAUGGAGGCUCUGAAGGCUCGGAUCAGAGAGCUGGAGAGGCAGAUACUGAGAGGAGACCGAUACAAGUGUCUCAUCUGCAUGGACUCAUACACGAUGCCGCUCACCUCCAUCCAGUGCUGGCACGUCCACUGUGAAGAAUGCUGGCUCAGGACUCUGGGUAACAAGAAGCUGUGCCCGCAGUGCAACACCAUCACCUCACCUGGAGACCUGAGGCGUGUCUACUUGUAAAGAGCACACCUGCCCUCCCUUCACACCCUGCGCCUCUUCGUCCUUCCAGUCCAUUCUUCUUCUCAUUUUGGAUUUCAUCGCCAACACUCCACAUCGAUUGUCAAGUUUGCGCUCUCUCCUGGCCAUUGGUCGGCAGCUUCAAACCCUCAGAGAGCACACGGAGAUACGAAGGCCAUCUUUGAGACUCAUAGACUCUUUCAGGAGGGCUGAACAUGAACACUGACUCCUGACUCGCCACCAACAACAAAUAAAUAAAAUGGAGAGAGCGUAAUCCUCAUAGAUGGAGGGGUAUUUUCCUUGCUGACAUCACUUCCUGUACAUGUAACUUGGAAUGUGCACUGAUGGACAUGCAGUCAGCGGAGACCCUCAACACCCAGCUAAGCCCUGCUGAGACUUGGUAGCUUCAUGCAGCCGAGCUGGAAUGAACUUCUUAAUACAGAAUAUAAAGACUACUUUUUUCCCCUCAAGCUCUUCUUUGACAUUUCAGUGGUGCUGGACAAACAGGCUCGACAGAAAGCUUCUUUUUUUUUUUUGGGCCCCCCCCCCCCCCCCCCGCUGAGGUGAAAACUUAUCUUCAUGCCCCUGUUGCUUAGCAGAAUUUUAAAAAAGGGCCUUCCCACUAAAACUGAGCUUUCAACCAAACUGAGAAUAACCUCACAACCUUGGUAAGGAGUUUGACACUCCUCCUCUUUCACCUCUCCUUCUCUUUGCGAGCCUUUUCCUCCCCUUCAUCCCUCUUUUUGUGGUGUUCUAGUGAAGUAAACCAAAAUUUUCCCUCCUUCAAGAUGCAGUGCAAGCACAUGUAAUAUAGUUCUAUGUAUGUUUACAAUGUUGGGUGUAAAUGACAUAGAGUUCACACACAAACACAGACAUGCAGACACAUACAGAAGUAUAUACUAUCAAAGUCCUGUUUUUAGUUGGCAGGGUUUGGGAACAAUGUUUCUUGGGGAAAAAAUGGCUGGAAUAAAAAAAAAGCCUUCUGUAUUUUUAAAAAAGAAAUUCAUUUGAAGAUCCGUCGAAGUUUUAUUUCACUGUACAGGAAUAAAAAAUCUAAUAAUAAACUACUCAAGACUAGAUGGUCAAGAUUUAGAUGGUGUAAUUUUUCUGCAGAGUACCCUGAAAAAAAGCAAGGAAAGAUCUUUUUUAGUUCGAAUGUUGACAAGAAAACAAGCAGAACAAUGCUCUUUAGUUGCAACACUGUCCAGCUGAGCCUCUUCUUUUGAACCUCCAUCUCUGCUUCCUCUCUGUGAGGUAACAUCACGCUCACAUCAUAGUCUAGAGAUGUUUUCUUUUCCCCUACAUGUGUCAAAGAAAGCUUUGUCCAUUGCUCCAUCAUAUUGCUAUGCUGCAAAAAAACGUCCCCGAAAAUGGCAACCAUGAAGGGCAGCUUCUUUUUAGCUAAAAUAAAUUUGAAAGUCUCUAGAAAAAUAAGGAUGGCCGAGGCCUAACUGGCAACCACCAGAACCUACAGCAACCGCCAUCCCCCGUCCCCCUCCCUCCCUUUACGACAGCAGCAGCAGCAACCAAGGUGGUGGUGUGCUUUGUGUUUGUAAAACUAUGUAUUCUGUGACGUCUGUAUUGUUGUAAGAAAUGCUGAAAAAAAAGAAAAAAUAAAACUUCUCAAAUAC